UGAUCAGCUGUGUCCAAUCACAGCUGAUCUCAUGUAAAUAUGCAAAUGCAGUUGUCACGCUGACAGAGGAGACGAGAGGAGAGCCGGUAAUCGGCAUCCCUCAGAGGGGACUUCUACACUGAUCAUCAGGGCACUGAUGAUCAGUGUGUCCUCAUGAUCUGUAGCCCCAGCAGUGCCACCUGUCAGUGUCCAUCAGUGCCAGCUGUCAUUGUCCAUCAAUGCCACCUGCCAGUCCCCUUCAGUGCCACAUCAAUGCCACAUAUCAGUGCCUACCAGUGCACAUCAAUGCCACAUAUCAGUGCCCACCUGAGCUGCCUUUCAGUGUCACCCAUCAGUGCCAGUCAGUGCCACCUAUCAAUGCCAGACAGUGCCACCUAUCAGUGCUGCCAGUCAGUGCCACCUGUCAGUGCCGCCUAUCAAUGUGCAUCAGUGCCGCCU